CCUACUGCACUCAAGAGUUAUCGGGACACUACACACUCUCACUCAUGAAGCUGAACACGGAGGGCACGAGCAUGCCAGUAUAGCAGCCUCUGUACAAACAAGCCUUCAGCACAAGCACACACAUGGCCUUGGAAAAGCCACACAGGACCUUGGGGAAGGUCACCACUGUUUUUGCAACCAAGCUCAAGUCUUUCACCUUUGUGCCACUUCUAAAAAGACUGCCUGUGGAGAACAGGGUCUGGAAAAAGGUACUUCAGACAGGCAGACCAAACAAGACUUCACAAGAGCUAGGGGACUCUGAGAAGAGCAUGGCAGGAGAGGGUGUAUACAAGGCUGAGGUUAUUUACGUCCAAGACCCUGAAGAGGGCCAGCUUGGAGAAAUGCUCAAGAACACCACUAAAAGUGAGAUUCAGUCACCUGACAAUUUAACCCUUAAACCACUCACCACCCAAGUUGAUCCUCACGCAGAAUUUGGUAGCAUAACCCCUGAGCCUGGCCCUGCCAUGGAAACCACUGUUAACAAACACCCUGGCAUUUCUCAUCUAGGCUUUCACAACAAUUCACUGGCUGCUGAGGUCAGCUCAGGUCUGUUUUUAAAUAGCUCAUCCCAAAGAGAGGAGGUCCUUAGCCCUGCCAGCUCUGUGGAUUUUCUCACAUCCCUUGCUUCUUCUAAGGAGUCUAUUCUCUCCGAGGGCUGGGACAAGGAGAGGAGCUGGUCAGCGCUCCACAUGUUCUCAUGUGAUGGUUCUCCAGGUCCCCUUAGUCGCACAGUUUCCCCGUGUUCCUCCAUAAGAUCAGGGACCUUCACACCCUCUGUGGUGAGAAUCAAGCGGCACUCUUUGGCUCCGGGCUCCAGUUUGCUGCAGAUGUCGUCCGCUUGCGUAACACCCUGCUGUGACAGUCGGGCAACCUCACCCUGUCCUCUUUCGCCCCGUGCCCGGCACAGGACUCCUCCAACCCAACUCUCCUUGCUAACGGCCAUCCUCAGGAAAGGCCGUCUCCCUGUCCUGUCCUCUUAUUCUCAAAGACCUUACACACCAUGCUGGCCCAUCAGCCCAGUUAACAUGUCCUCCUGUUUAGCGUGCUCAGCUGCCUCUUCUGUUGCACCCAUGAACAUGCCCAAAGCAAAGUCUUGUACCUCCAUAGAUAGACCCUGUACUAAGUCUUGCCAGAUUUUAAAGCCACAGCUUUGGAAACCAGAGCUGGUUGAGGCGCCUGACGAAACCCCACUCACGAAACCACCAGAAAGUCUUGACUCCACUAGUAGUAGUAGCAUCGUCUUGCCUACAAAUCGCAUCCUUUCGCCAAGCUUACCUGCAGUCCAGCCUCACCUCUCUAAAUCAGGUCCCAAGGCAAAUCGUUUGCCGACAGUUCCUAGCUCUCUUUUGUGUAGCUCCUACUCCCGCAUGAGGUCCUCAUCUCCUAAAUCAAGCUCUCUGUCAUGUUCCAGCAAUGAGAACCAUAAACAUCCAUCCAUGUCAGGGGAAUGCCUGGUAUCUAUGGAUCCAAAUAAGUCAGCUGAAUCUUUAGCAUCCUUAAUACAUAAAGAUGAAACAAAACCCCAUGAAAGGUCAGAAAAAUAUUCAUUGCCACUAAAACAGAGUCAGAAAUCAUCUGAGCUCUCCAACGAACUAUAUCUGAAACAUACAGGAAGUCCAUCUGGCAAUUUAGACUCCACGGUACCAAAACCCGCUCAAAGUUCAUGUAAAUCUCCCUCGUUUCCUGCUCCGAAACACUCUUUUGAAUCACAAAGUAAUUCCAUAUCUCCAGUUUUAAGCCACAAAGAUAAUAAACAAAGUACUCUUUUCCAAAAUGGUCGCAAAAAUGAUGUUGAAAGAGUGCACCUAUCAUCCCCGGCUCCCUCUCCUAGACCCAUGGGUCUCACCCGCCUGUCCUACACACCUCCAGCCUCUCCUGCUUGUCCUCCAGUCCACCCAAACUCUCGGUCCUCCACCCCAGAUCGCAGCACCCUUUCACCCUCCCCAGCGGUCCCAAGCCGUCAGCUUUCCCCCUCACCCUCAUACUCCUUCUGUUCAUCACCCUCUCCAUCCCUAUGGGGCAGCACACCAGACUGCGCAGAUGGGGACUGUAAAAAUAGAAAGCCAUACAAGAUCAAAUCCACCUACAAGGCACUCGCUGCUAUUCCUACAAAUACUCUGCUCCUGGAACAGCAGGCUAUAGAUGAAGAGGUCAACAAGAAAGAGGCUUUGCUCAAUCCUGCGGACAACUAUUCUUGGGAGGAUCCACACACAGAGAUGUGCUCUCCUGCGCAGCUGCGUCAGCAGUCUGCAGAACUGUAUGCAACCAUUGAUGAAGUCCUCGAGGACACGAUCCAAAAACAUCAAUCAGACCAAGUGAACAAAGCCAGUGUGAAGUCUUUGGCAGUGGAGACGUCAAGGUCGCAGACGUCAUCACCAUCUCCAAAACUGUUGGGACGGGAAACAAGAUAUGCAAGCUCUCCUUUUCAACCCUCUGUAACUACUGAACAAACACUGACAAAGCCUGGAGUUAUUAGACCAGUCACUGCAACAUCCAGAGUUGCAGAUGAUAAACAUGAUGAAGAAUUUCACCCAAAUCCUUUCAAGAACCUUCAAGAGAACAAAUCCAGUCGUUACCAAUACAAGUUUGUCAGCAGUGCGUGUGGUGAAACCCGAGCAGAUGGUCGAGGAGCUUCGGACCAGCAGUCAGCUUGUGGAGAGGGGCUUCCGUCAGAGCGGCAAGGAGACUGUAAGACCAGGCUGACAUCUCUGAUCACGCAGACCAGGAUCUCCACACAAGAUGUUCCCACCUCCAUCAACACCCAGGAGACACACAUAUGAUGCCAACAAUGAAGCCUGAUCUGAUUGUAACUGUGACUAGACAUCAAAAUGACUCUUCAAUGCAGCACACGUCAAGCAUCUUAAAAACUAUUCAUUCCACAAUUAAAGGAGCACAAAGUAAUUUUUGUCUAAAUGAAUGAAUAGUAAAAUGGUGUAUGCUGACAUGAGCUCACUAAUCAAUUGAAGUGGAUUUUCCCUUCAUGGUGGGAAACCCAGCUUGAAAUCAAAAGGCAAUUUGACAUUAUUGACAAAAACUCUAAUACUCUCCAGAGAACAUCAUCAGAACCUCAUCAAGAAUGUGUCAAGUUGAGAUUUCAUCCCGAAAUCAAAUCAGAAAAUAUCUUGCUGACAGAAAAUUGUAAUAUUUUUUAUGUUCUAUUAUUGGUGUUAUUUUAAUGAGAGUUAAACAGCCUUUUCUCAAUUACCCUUUUGGGUAACACUUUACUUAAAGCCUUUAUAUAUAAUGCAUUAUAAAAGUAUUUUAAUGUAGUGAUUAUGUCUUGUAAUGCACAUUAUAGUGCAUUGUAAUGCACUGUAACCACACUUAUAAUACUAAUCUAUUCAUUGUUAUUCCUUUAGAAAGCAUAAUGCAUUAAAACUAAUGUGACAAAACCAAUUUCAGAUAUAACAAGGAGUCUGUAAAUAUAAUAAUGCAUUUUAACUUUGGUUACAAUUAUUUAUUUUAAAAGAUAUAAUACAUUAUAACCUACAUUAUGACUACCUUUAUAAUGCAUUAUACAUACAAAGCUUUAAGUAAAGUAUUACCCUAUUUUCUUUAAGUAUCAUUGAAUAAUAACAUUAAUUAUUUGAACAACAGGCUUUUCCUUGUUGAGUUUGCUGUGAAACGUUGCCAUUUGAUAACUGGGCUCAUUUCCGUAACAUUCACCUAACAAGAGCGUUUAAAGAAUAGACCUGUAAUUAGUUAGUGCACUUACAGCAAUCCAGUGAAAUAGUGAUUGCUCUGAAAAUGGCCUUACUGUCCACAUCACAUCUACACUGUUGCAGUGAUAUGAUGUGGUCUUUUCACUUCAGUUAAUAAUAAAUGCCAUGUCCUAGACAUCUCUCUAUACUGUUUGAACUCAAAAUGCUAUAAUUUAUAUUAUAUUAUUAACUUUUAUUCUCAUGCCUAUCUAUGUUGCUGUCUAGAUUCAAUGUGUUUUGACAUCCAUUUCUUAUGGCUUCUUUCUCCAAGCACUCAACCCAAAAUCACCCUUCCUUGCAAACAUAUUUCAUAUGUGACUUCAAUCAAUUUUCAUUUAGAGCACAGAAUAGGUCUGAUCAAAUAGAUUUGAUUACUUAAGCCAUUUACUGCAGAUAUGCAGUUCUGUCAAAAGCUGCAUUAAUGGCGCCUUGAGAAAAUCAAUAUCGGCCCUGUCAAUAUUUGUCUGACUGAUUUUGAUACUCUAGUCCAGGGUUUCCUAACUGGGCAUUCACAAUUUCAGAUUAUAUAUAGAAUUUAUAUAUAGUUGAUUGAUACAGUGACAAGAAAAGUUUGAGAAUAUAGCCCUUAAAAAAAUAUUGAGUUCUGCAUUGGUUACUCAUAAAAUGUGAUCUUAUCCUAAUUUUCACUCCCAGUUAAUAUAAUAAACUAAUAACAAUUAUUAAGUAAUUGUAUUUCCACAUUUUUUAUUGAAUAGAUUUAGUAGCGAUUCACAGUGCAGGGUGAAGAAAGUGAAACCUUGAAUUUAGUAACUUUUAAAUUCUCCUUUAGCAGCAAAACUUUCACCAAACAUGUUCUGUAGCUGCUUAUAAGACUUUUGAGCCAUUAUGGACCUUCACUCCUUACAAAUCUGUUUCAGUUUAUCAGUAUUUCUGGGUUGUCCUGACAGUACAGCCCUCUUUAAGUUAUACCACACCAUCUUAGUUGGCUUAAGGUCAUAAUUCAGGGGAAAAAACAUUCUUUUUCAACCAGUAUUUAGUUGAUGUUUUCUUUGGGUCAUUUUCUUGUUGCAUAACUCAACCUCUCUAAAGCUUGAAGUCAUGAACUGCUGUCCUGUCAUUCUCCUAUAAGAUGUCUUGAUACACUUUUGAAUUGAUUUAUUCCUUCAAUGAUUGUGAAGUGUCAAGGUCCUGAGGCAGCAUUAAACCAUGAUGCUCCUCCAUCAUCAUUCACAGUUGGGCAGAGCUUGUGGUGUUGGUGUGCAGUGCCCUUUUCCUCUAAAGAAAGCAUUGUGAAAGCAAAUACACAUACUCUCUUAAGGCACGUUCACACCAAGAACGAUAACUAUAAAGAACUUUAUUAGCAUCCACAAUGUAAUGCACAAUAUCGUUCUGUUUAUUCUAAGUGCACGCUGCAGUUUUGUCGUCUGUCACUUUAAAAUGCUCGAGCUCUGAAAAGGAUGGAUUCUGAUUGGCUGUCAAUGUUUUAAUCGUUCAUCAUCAAAAAAUAUAAUAUAAUUUAAAAAAUAAAAAUUCUGAAAGUGAUUCCAACUA